UUUUCAACCGUUGAACUAAUGGUGACAGGGACAGUAAUGGAACUUUAUGGCCCUCAUACAUGAUUCUCUCCUCUUUUAACCUUCCUUAUCUCUCUAGAGUGUCUUUUUCCUUGUUCUUCUCCAUUGUUGUCUCUCCGUAUAAAUAUAAUCCAUCUCUGCUUUCUCCUUUGAAGCAAGACCCAGAAAUGGCAACGAGCAAAACCCAAGGCAAGAGGAGGCUGACGGCGGAGGAGGAAGAAGAAGAUCAAGAAGAAGACGAAGAUAGCACCACGGGAGACGACGAAAAGAAGAAGAGAGGCAAGAGAGGAUACUCCGGCGGUGGCUCAACCCUGCCCGGCUGCCAGGUCCGAGACUGCACCGCCGACAUGACUGACGCUAAGCCGUACCAUCGGCGACAUAAGGUGUGCGAAUUCCAUGCCAAGGCUCCCCUGGUCCCAGUUGCUGGGAUCCACCAACGCUUUUGCCAACAAUGUAGCAGAGCAGGUUUCAUGAAAUAUCAGAGUUCGAUGAAACAAAAAGGAGUUGUCGAAGGCGUUUGGCUGGCCACAAUGAGCGACGCCGGAAAAGCUCCUCGGAAUAUCAUGGCGAAGGCUCAAAUUAUUAAACUAGCUACAAUUCAAGCUUAAGAUAUUUACUAUGAAACCUAUAUAUAGAUAGGCCUUUUCCAAUGCUCAUCUAAAAGUCGAUUUUAGAUGUAAAACUAUAUAGUUGCUAAGCAUGCUCUCUCUCUUCUGUCAAUCUUAAUUAUGCACCUUUUUAUUGCUUCCUUGUGGGUUUCUUUUGGUCGUUUAAUGUUUUUCUUGCAUGUUUUGUAUAAAAUAAUAGAUUAUUAUUAUUAUGA